GACCUUUCUAUGGUAAAAAUAAUAAUUUCCCAUCAAAGAUAAAAAGUUUCCCAAUGAGCCUUUUCCGCAGCCUUCACCGCCACCAACCAAACCCUUAUAAACCCCCCCCUCCCCCUAAAUCACCCACUAUUGAAAAUGACCACCAGCCUUCCACCUUCCUCCUCCUCCUACUCCACCACUUCCACGACCAACUAAAUACUCCCAUUUCCAUACCCAAAUCAGAAUCCUUAUCCUAAAAUUCCCAUAUUUCCUUGUUCCCUAAAAGCAACGAGGACAAAUGUCAAACCUCGACAACAUUCCUUCCACUCCAGGCAAAAACAAACCUGACAAAUCUUUCCGUUUCCAUUCCUCCGCCGCCUCCUCCUCUCUUACCAAACUAACUCUUUAUUCCACCCUUUUCCUUUCCCUCCUCCUUAUCCUCCUUCUCCUCUCCUCUCCUUCCUCCACCCCAUCCCCAGGCUGGCACCUCUCCACCGGGACCCACCGGACCCCAAUCUCUCUUCCCCACAAACUAAUCCACAAAUCGGCCCGUCCUCGCUCAACCACUGGCCACACCGUCCUUGUCACUGGCGCUGCUGGCUUCGUCGGAAGCCACGUUUCCCUCGCCCUCAAACGCCGUGGCGACGGUGUCCUUGGCCUCGACAACUUCAACCAUUACUAUGAUCCUACCCUCAAAAGGGCACGCCAAAAAUUACUGGAAAAAGCUGGGGUUUUUAUCGUUGAAGGCGACAUCAACGACGAGGGUCUUAUCCAACAACUCUUCGACGCCGUUUUGUUCACUCACGUAAUGCAUUUAGCAGCCCAGGCAGGUGUUCGUUACGCUAUGCAAAAUCCAGGGUCUUACAUUCAUAGCAACAUUGCUGGGUUCGUGAACUUAUUGGAAGUUUCGAAAUCAGCAAACCCGCAACCGGCGAUUAUCUGGGCGUCUUCGAGUUCGGUGUAUGGUUUGAAUUCUAAGGUACCCUUCUCAGAAAAAGAUAGAACUGAUCAACCUGCGAGUUUAUAUGCUGCUACAAAGAAAGCUGGUGAGGAAAUUGCUCAUACUUAUAAUCAUAUUUACGGGCUUUCAAUAACUGGAUUGCGGUUUUUCACGGUUUAUGGACCCUGGGGUCGGCCUGAUAUGGCGUAUUUCUUUUUCACUAGAGAUAUAAUGAAAGGUAAAACGAUUACUGUAUAUGAAUCGGGAGACAAGGGUAGUGUGGCUAGAGAUUUUACUUAUAUUGAUGAUAUAGUGAAAGGGUGUUUAGGAGCAUUGGAUACGGCAAAGAAGAGCACCGGAAGUGGGGGAAAGAAGAAAGGGGCAGCGCAAUUGAGGAUCUUUAAUUUGGGGAAUACUUCACCAGUACCUGUGAGUAGGCUGGUGAGUAUAUUGGAGAAGAUUUUAAAGGUAAAAGCUAAGAAGAAAGUAGUGCCAUUGCCAAGAAAUGGGGAUGUGGAGUUUACGCACGCCAAUAUUACCUUAGCUAUGAGAGAACUUGGGUAUAAGCCCACAACUGAUUUGGAGUCAGGGUUGAAGAAGUUUGUGAGAUGGUACCUCAGUUUUUAUUUGGGUUCAAAGAAGAAGAGUUCUUGGGUAAUGUUCCAUGAGGAACCGUUUUACUUGUCGGCUGGGCAUUUUCUCUCAGACAUUAUACCCAAUUUGUGGUGAUGGGAAACUAGCUGCAUUGUAAUUGUUCUUCCACAUGUUGGAAGCUUCUUUUAGCAGUUUAAGCAUUGUACAGUUCAUGACUGAUAGAUCAAAAAGAUGUUCUGAUUGCUGGGUCAUUUUUCACUCAACCUUACAGUUAUCUCAAUAAAUCAGUGUCUGUUGCAAUCUGCUUUUGAAUGAUAUUAUUUUUUGUCUGUUGAAUUCCCUUGGUUUUGCCUGCCCAGUUUUGGUUGGAAUAUCUUGGAGAUGGA